AGAGUUAGAUUUUGAAAUCAGCUGCUUGAUUGAAAACGAACAGACGUGGGGUUUCUGUUUCGAAAUAAUAUUUCACACAUUGUUAUCAAAUGUUAGCUGAAUUUAAUCUUUUUUUUUUAUUGAGACAAAUGUUCUUAUGGAAAUAAAUUUUAAUUUUUAGGUUUAAAUAUCAUCUCGAUCGGAUUUCAAAUGAAUAAUAUAUGAUUGUUAUGUUUAGAUUUUUGGAAAGUGGUUGAUAUAUCGUAAUUUUCAAAGAAUUUUAAAUAUUUUUUUUCAAAAUGCGGAUAUUAUUUAUGAAAUAUCUGAUAUUUUUUUCUGGAUUUUGGACUGUUUGGUGUGAUGAUAUUGGUUAUUUUUGGCAUAUAACUGAUACUCAUGUGGACCAAAAUUAUUCAAGAACUGGAAAUGUUCAAAAUCUAUGUCAUGAAGAUCUAAAUAGCUUGCAAAGCAAAGCUAACAGUAUUUUGGAUAAUGGGUUGUAUGGAAAUUUUCUCUGUGAUUCUCCACAAUAUCUUAUAAAUGCAACAAUUCUAUCUAUGAAACAAAUUCAUCCAACUCCUGAUUUCAUAAUCUGGACAGGGGAUAAUCUACCUCAUACUGAAAAAUUUGACCCUGGCUGGGAUAUUACUUUUGAAGCUAUUAGAAACACUACUCUGCUCCUCUCUUCUACUUUUCCGAAUGUACUAAUAUUGCCAUCUAUUGGAAAUCAUGAUAGUUUUCCCCCUAACAUUUUGCCUGCUGACAACACAUCUAAUAACAUUUACAAAGGGUAUCUCGAAAAAGGAAGGUGGAAAGAUCUAAUAAAUGAAAGUGAAUGGUCUACUUUUGUAAAAGGUGGUUACUAUAGUCAUUUGGUGAAACCAGGUCUUCGAAUUAUAAGUUUGAAUACAAUCUUGUGGUAUGAACCAAAUAACCUCACUGCAAAAAUAAGUGACCCUGCAAAUCAAUUUCAGUGGUUAGAGGGAAUUUUGAAGAAUUCUUCUAAAUUAUCAGAAAAGGUUUACAUUAUUGGUCAUGUACCGCCUGGAUUUUAUAAUAGAGGUUUCCCUGGACAGAAGUGUGGCCCAACAUUCCAUCUUCCUCAUUUAGAAUCUUAUUUAAAAAUUUUGCUGAACUAUUCACAAGUUAUUGUUGGUCAGCUAUAUGGUCACCUUCAUGUAGAUAUGUUUCAAGUAUAUCAAUAUAAUACAGGUGUUUUCAAAGGUUCCUCACUUUUAGCAUCUUCUGUAACUCCUUGGCAUAGUAAUAAACAAGACAAUGUUUCCAUACCUGUAAAUCCUUCUGUGCGAUUAAUUCAUUAUUCUCGUACAGAUGCUAGGUUAUUAGAGUUCGAUCAGUAUUAUCUGAAUUUAACUAAGGCCAACAAUAUGUCAGAAACACCUAAGGAAAAUACAAAUGUAUAUGAAUUGCUGUAUUCAUUUGCAAAAUUCUAUGGUGUUCCAGAUUUGUCAACUGAAUCUUUGGUUCAAGUGUAUGAAACUCUAAAAAGAAAUAAAACUGUAUUUGAUUCAUUUUUUACAUUUUUAAGUGCUGCAGAAAGGACUGUUGAUUGUGACAGUGAUUGUGAAGUUGCUCAACUAUGUUCAAUAUCUUGCAGCAGUAAUCAAGAAUAUGAUAUGUGUUUUAAAAGUAGUGAUUAUAACUAUAGCACAACUCCUAUUCCUCCUCACAAAUCUAAAGAAUCAGUGAUUAUAUAUGUGUCUAUAUGUUUGGUGACAUUUGGUUUUAUUUUAUUAUUAUUUAUUGUGAUUAAAAAGUUUUGGAUUUCAUCUGGCAGAAGUGAGUACAGUCAGUUUUCUUCAAUUUAAUGUUCUGUAAUAUGCUCAAUUUUAUAAACAGGGUUUCUCAAUGUAGAUUUUUUUUGUCUCAAUUCAUUAAACUAAUCAUUUAGUAAAUUAUUGUAAAGUAAGCCAUUAAAGUGUUAUAUUUUUUAUUGCAAAUCUUCUGCAUGGAAUAUAUUCUGUAAUUUGAAAUAAUUUUCUAAGUUAUUUAAUAAUCUUAAAUUAUUGAAGCAAUUUUAAAUCACUGUACCUUAAAAGUAGAAUAAAUUCAUUAUAUUAUCCUAAUUAUUUUAUAGCCUAUUAUAUAUAAUUACAAUUUUGUUAAUUAUAUUGAUUAAUGAUUUGCUCAGUACAACAUCUUUUUUAUUU